AUGGCAGGGAGAGGGGGGCGGGUCCUGGAGGAGGUGGGGUCACGAGGCUGUAGCCGGCAGCCGGUGGGUCAGGGCAGAGGCAAAGGUCAGAGCAGCGGGAGAGGAGAUGUUUCUCGUGUCUGUCCUGGAAGCAGGAUGAAUCUUGUGUCUAUGGCGACAGAUCCUGAACUGAAAUGGAUAACCUUGUGGGUCCGCAUCAGGUGGGCGGCCGUGGCCGUGCUGCUCCUGGGCUCUCUCUUGAUGCUGCUGCUGCCGCUGGCUGCUGUCGAAGACCAGUGCCAGGCAGUGCUCAAAGGACUCUCCUUCCUGAAAAGUAAACUGGGAGGUGGCUACGUGGGGAUCACCAGAUACACAGGACAAACCACUGGACUGAGUGUGACCUCAAAUGGGUUAGAGCUGCUGGUGCUGAAAGGCAAACCCUCUCCAGAAGUAAAGUCAGAAGCCAAAGCUGCUCUGAAUCAAGCCCUUGAAAUGAAGCGGCAAGGGAAGCGAGAGAAGGCCCACAAACUCUUUGUAUAUGCCCUCAAAAUAGAUCCCGAUUACGUGGACGCCCUGAAUGAAUUUGGCAUCUUUUCUGAAGAGGAGAAAGACAUUCUUCAAGCAGACUAUUUGUACUCUAAAGCGCUGACCAUUUCUCCUUGCAACGAGAAAGCUUUGAUCAAUCGGGACCGAACUCUACCGUUAGUUGAAGAGAUAGACCAGAGAUAUUUUAGCAUUAUUGACAGCAAAGUUAAAAAAGUGAUGGCAAUCCCCAAAGGCAAUUCUGCCCUGCGGCGUGUAAUGGAGGAGUCCUAUUAUCACCACAUUUACCACACAGUUGCUAUUGAAGGGAACACUCUGACCCUCUCAGAAAUACGGCAUAUCAUUGAGACCAGAUACGCUGUUCCUGGAAAAAGCCUCGUGGAGCAGAACGAGGUAAUUGGCAUGCAUGCAGCUUUGAAAUAUGUAAAUACCACACUAGUAUCACGAAUUGGCUCUGUGACCAUCAGCGACAUUUUGGAGAUACACCGGAGAGUGUUGGGCUACGCUGACCCCGUGGAGGCAGGGAGGUUCAGGACUACUCAGGUGUUUGUAGGGCAUCACAUACCACCACAUCCUCAAGAUGUUGAGAAGCAGAUGCAGGAGUUUGUCCAGUGGCUGAACUCCGAAGAUGCCAUGAGCUUGCACCCCGUGGAAUUUGCUGCGUUAACCCACUACAAGUUGGUUUACGUACAUCCAUUCAUAGAUGGCAAUGGAAGGACCUCACGCCUAUUAAUGAACCUCAUAUUAAUGCAGGCGGGCUACCCACCCAUCACAAUCCGCAAAGAGCAACGGGCAGAGUAUUAUCACGUCUUAGAAGUAGCCAACGAGGGCGACGUGAGACCUUUCAUACGCUUCAUUGCUAAAUGCACUGAGACAACUCUGGACAUGUUGCUCAUUGCCACCACAGAAUACUCCGUGGGCUUACCUGAAGCAGAUGGCAGCACUGCUGGAUGCAAACAAACUAUCCCUGUCAAGACCUGAGUGUCGGGGACAUUCAAAAAACAGUACUCCUGCCAAGAAAAAACUCAACAGGAGGUGUCACUCUUUAGCAUUUCAUUUAUUUAAAGUCUCUUACAUUUGAUUAAAUUAAUGUAAUUUAUUUAUAUACAUUAUGCCAAGCUGACAUGUGAAUUUUUGAUGUUGAGUGUGUACUGUAACUUGCUGUGCUACUGGAAAGAGGUGGGGAGAGGAGUCAGGAGGGUAUCAGUUUGCAGAUGUUACUCAACAAACUGCAGGAAAAGUAAUUUCACUUCUUAAAACUGAGUUUUGAGAAGCUACUUAUAUCAUAACCCUUUACCUAGUUUGUUGACUGUACUAGCAGCUGCUAGGCAAGCUAGUUGUUACGAGUUCCCUGUCAUGCAACAAAACUUGCAGUUACAACGCUGUCCUAGCUGUGUUAAACAGACUUUCCCCCUUCACUCAUACAAGUUUGCCCUUCUAUUUAUUACUGCUAAUGAAGGAGGCUAACUUCAGUUCAGCAAAGGCAUUUUCCCUUUCCGUUUCUGUUGUUAGUAGCACUUUGCAUGUUUACUUUCAGUUGCCUUUCCUGUGGCAAGUUUGUGCAACAACUGGGAAAUGCUUGGUUUAAGAUUACAUAUCAUCUGAAUGGAACAAGUGAAGAAAUGCUCUCUGGCUCCUUAUUUAACUGCAAGAUGCUUUUGCUAUACCUUAGAGAGCAGGAUCACCUGCUGCUCUCAGGCCCACGCCACCAAGCAGGAUCCUUGGGAAACUCCAACUAUCUUAGCUCAUUUCAGUUGAGGGUUUGAAGAACAGCUUGCCUCUGCAACACUGUGGGCAGAAACAGCUACUGUAUGUGACAGAGAGACAACCCUGGCCAGCCUUGCCUUUCUACCCUUUUAGGGUUCUCUACACCCUAAAAAUCCUUUCGCACUUGCCAAAAACUUUCAGCUACUUCAGUCUACACAAGAGAAGCUUUAGCGAUAACUUCAGUAAUUAUUAGUUCAUGUUAUUAGCGUGAUACAUGUUUAAAGGAUCCCAAGAGGCUUGUGCAGCGGUGUCAGUGUAGAUGGAAGCUGCUGUCCACUUCAAAUAAUGAAAAAAUUGUAUCGGCAGCACCAAAGAUCAUGUUUGGACACAAGUUAUCUUUGCUUUUGCUUUAUGGGUAAAAGCACCUGCAAUCUAAUUUAUAAAAGAGUAGCUCUCUAGACCCUGCCUGCCCAUUGCACAACAGCAUAAUUCCAAAUUUAACAGAUCCCAGCACCUCCAACCUGGACUGCACCUAAGAGUUUUCUGAACUCAAACUACUGCUAAGCUUAACUGCUCUGCAAAACAGCAUGGGUUGUUAUACUGUCCACUGCCAGUAUUCGUUUCUUCCAUUUUUAAGUAUUUCUUACUUGCAAGACAGUUUUAUUUUAGAGAACAAGCAGACAAUAGGAUAAGAUUUGGAGUUCCCUAUAUACUGUAGCACCAGUAUUGAUUACUGUUGACAGGGAAAACAGAAAGGGGAGGUGGUUAGCUUUUAUAAAGCAUGCUUUAUUUUUGUAGUGCAAGGUAAAUAUAAAAAAAAUUCUGCACUUUAGAACUCUGAAAAAAGUUAUUUUAGUAACAGA